CCUAUAGUUAGUGCGCCCGAAGAAGAAUAAUUCAUCUACAUUGCCAUUUACCAUUCUCAAACAUUGGCACAACUGGCCAGUCGGUAAAGCCCAACCCCCUGACUGACGAACGGUUUACCUGCAUGACGUGUGGUGGAAAUGAGGUGUGACAUUAGUAUUAGUAAUAGCCUAGAAUGGUUGCUCUGCAAGGCGUCAGCAAACUCUUACCUCGCUUGAAACUGCUGUAUCGAAAAUUUGGUGAAUGCAGACCAAACACUUGUGUCCGAAAAAGAUCCACAGCUUCUGACACCAGGACCCAGGCUGUGUCGGAUGGAGAGCUGAACAUGUCGAAGUUGUCAAGCAGAGGCAGCAGCCACAGCCUCGGCACCUCGGGGGUUCAGAGCAGUGACGGGUCUGCCAGCCAAGUGGUCAGCUGGGCCGUGGGCUUUGAGAAGCUCCUGGAGGACCCGACGGGGAUCGAGUACUUCACGGCUUUUCUGAAGUCCGAAGUGAGUGCAGAGAACAUCCUGUUUUGGCAAGCCUGCGAGAAGUUCCGGCUAAUCCCACAGAGCCAGGUGGAUGAGCUGAAGAAGGAAGCCCGUUUGAUCUACGACACUUAUCUCGUAGACACUUCCUUUCAUGCUGUCAACAUCGAUGACACGGCCCGCGUAGACGAGAGUGCCUUGGACUGCCCAACAACAGCCAUGUUUCAAAAAGCCCAAGACCAGAUUUUUAAGCUGAUGAAGAUGGAUAGCUAUGCACGGUUCGUCCGCUCGCCACUCUACCAGGGCUGCAUGCUGGCCUGUGUUGAGGGGAAACCGCUGCCUUCAUUGGACAACAGCAAGGGUUCCCGAGAGUGCAUCACACCAAUCAGCAACAGGAAGAAGGAGCUGGACACGCGACUGACCUCCUCGGACAGUAAGGCCAACAGGAGGAAGAGGCUGGAGAAAAGAGGAUCAUGGGGAGCAGAUGUAACCUUCCAACGUGUUGCCCUGAACCGGAACGAGUCCCAGAUCUCGGUGAAGUCGACCAGUAGUGUGGAGCUUGGGUACAUGCACUGUAAAUCCGAGAAUGGGCGAGCCAGUUUGUGGGAUGCGGACCUGAUUUCUAGUGGUGGCUCCGGUGUGGGGCGUCCAGAGAAGUACUGCUACGUGCACCUCCCGGAUGGCACGGGGAGCCUGGUGCCCACCAAACCGGGCCACCCGCUACGGGAUAUGCUGGGUGGACUCUGUGACAAACGGGGUUUCCCUCUCAAAGAUGUGAUCAUCUACCUGCACGGCAAAGACAAGCAACCCCUGUCACUGGAACAGGACAGCUCGGUGCUGAACGAUCAGCAGGUGUCUCUGGAAGUCCGGGUGACGCUUGCGGUAGAGGUGAAAUCCACUGGUAAAACGGUGGGUAUCAUUGUAAAGUCCAGCAAAACCUUGCGGGAUGCUCUCGCUACACUGUUACAGAAACAUGACAUCCCCCCCCAGGAUGCUCUCGUCACCAUGAGUGGAUCACAGCAACCACUGAAGCUAAACACCAGUGUCUUCCGCCUGGCCAACAAGACGAUAUGUCUGGACCGAGUCAAAGGGAGUGUUGAAGGCCAGAGAGGUCCACAGGCUACUGGCCCGAAAGGCUCCCCGAGAACCAGGAAACCCUACGACAUGGACGGUCUGAUGGAGGUGCUGUCUCGUGUUCAGAGCAGCCGUGUGGAGGACCAGCGCGGCCUGCUGAGGGCGGAGCACCUGGAGCUGCCUCAGUUCCUGCAGCUCUCCGAGCAGGAGGAGGGCCAGAGACAAGGGCCUGGAGGGGGCGAGGGAGAGGGUGAGGACUGUAAGGUGCCCAGCAAGCCUGCUGACAAUGCAGUUUAGUCCACUGCUGACCCUUCAGGGUCAUCUGAGUCUUAAUAAAAGCAAGAAGGGUAUGUGUGGAGGGCGAGGUGGAUGAUUGGGGGGGUUGUUGAGUGAUUGAAUGAGGCAGGGCCUUGCCAGUAUGUCAGUGUUAUGAAUUUACACCGCAAUCACCUAACUCUAACACUUCAAAUUAUAUGAAUAAGUUGUACAUUUAUGUUUCUAUGAAGAUGGAAGAGCUUCAAGAUGCAUAGAAAUGCAGGAUGUAUUUUCUACAAUCUAUAUUUAUUGUCCAUAUGCUGUACAGUUGCAUUUGAGGUGACAUAGUAUUUAUUUUGAAUAUAUUUGAUGGUUUACAUCACUACCAGCUUUGUGUUUAAGCAUGUAAAAAAUGUAAUUAUACAAUUGAUCGUAGUACUUUUUCCCCUUCAGAAGAUGGGAUAAAGUUUUCAUUAUUUUUUGAUUUAUGUAUGUGUAAUGGUUGUCAAAUCAAGUGUGUGUGUGUGUGUGUGUGUGUGUGUGUGUGUGUGUGUGUGUGUGUGUGUGUGUGUGUUCUGUGUGCCAUCUGUUUUGAGGCAAUAUGGUCAUUGAUGUUCUUUCACCACAUUUCCAUCAUGUCCUGCACUUUGUGUUGUCAUGUUCAGUCAGUCAGAAGCACUUCAUCUGUCAGAGCUGGGACGAGACCUAGUCUGUGUGUGUGAUUGUUAUGGGAAAGUGACACUUAAUUCUAUAAAAUGUUUAAUUUUUUUAAUCAAUGGUCUUGAAAACUAAAUAUAUAUGAUUGCCACUUGGUUGAGAUUUAAUGUGUGUGUUUAACUGAUGCAGUCCUUUUGUAUUUGCACUGCUGAGUGCCUUAGUAUUUCUGUCUCAUUCCGUCUCUGGGCAGAUUUAGAAUUGUUACUGUCCUCAAGCACAGAACAUGCAACAGAAAUCAGGACUAAUAAAGAUGCACAUAAUCCCUCUGC